UCAGCGGGAAGGAGGCGAGGCAGGAGGCUCCGUCGAGAGGUGGUUGCCCGCUUCCCACCAGUCGACGUCGCUCGCUCAUCCGCUCAAGACAUAACACGAUGAGAGCGUUCAGCUGGGUCCCGCUGCUGGGCCUCCUCGCUGCCCUUUGCGCGGCCCAAGAGGGAGGUAGUCCGGGUACUAAGUCCACUGUGAUUCAUCUGGUCACUUCGCCUCAACAAUCCAUGCAGAGCCGCGCCGCCAUGCAGUCAAGGCUUGAGGCGCUGGAGGAGCUUGCGAACUCGAAAUUGAGCGUCGUGACCCCGGAGAGUAAGUUGCAGCCGGGGUCAGAGGCGUCACCCCCACAGAAGACCUCCUCGGGCGGCGGCAUUCUUGACACCGUGCAUGGGCUCAUAUCAUCCUUGUCCCCGAGCGCCCCAGCCAUCCCUCCUUCGCGCGCCGAGGUCGUUGAGAACCAGGGCGGGGAGCAACUAGCGGCCCAAACUGCUGACCCGGAGGAGGUGGAGGGCGAAGCUGCGGCAGAGAAAGCACCCGUAGACAACACAGACGUCGAGGAGUCCACCCCCACCUUCGAUGCUCAGCCGGAGGAACCACCACCCGUCAACAACAAUAACAACAAUAACAAUAACAAAAAGAACAAGAACAAGAACAACAACAGUAACAACGAUGGGCGGCUGGUGCGUCGGUACAACGAGGUGACGGACAGUGUGUUGAAGCUGCUGAGUCGCUCCCUGUCUGAGCUGGAGCCGCUGCCCAUCACCAUCAACGACGACGUAGCUCUCUCAGCCUUAGAGAGUGAUGAUGUCAGCCCAGAGUCUAUACCUGAAGGGACUCACCCACAUCCUUACUUUCCCAGAGCACUCAUGGCCCUUGAGGCGAGUGAACCAGAGCCUGAACCUGAACCAGAGAGUGAAUCCGCAGGCGAAACUGGUUCUCAGUCUGGUGGUGGCAACAAAAAGAACAAGAGAAAAAAAAACAGGAAGAACAAGAACAAGAACAAGAACAAGGAUGAAGACUCUGAUAUGGAGGAGCCUGAGAGGGGCCCUAACAGGAAGAACAAGAACAAGAACAAGAACAAGAACAAGAACAAGAACAAGGACGAAGACUCUGAUAUGGAGGAGCCUGUGAGGAACGCUAACAGGAAGACCAAGAAGGACAAGAACAAGGACGCAGCGAACCCAGAAGAGGAGGAAGAGGAGGUAGUUGAGACCAGGCCAUCCAAGAACAAGAAGAACAAGAACAAGGGGAACAAGAACAAGAGGAACAAGAACAAGAGGAAGAACAACAGGAAGAACAAGAGGGGCAAGAAGAACAGGUCUGCCGCGGAGAGCAGGGACGGCCGCGCAAUGCUUGAGGAUGAUGAUGGCAAGGACGAGGAGGCACCAGCUUUCAUGGGACGCAGAAAGGACGCACCAGAAAGGAAGAACAGGAAGAAUAACAACAAGGGCAACAAGAAGGGCAACAAGAAAAACAAGAACAGGAAGAACAGGAAGAAUAACAACAAGAAGCACCGCAAAAACCAGGCAGAUGGGAAGGUGGAGAGCAGAGAAGACUCCGGCCCAGUGCUCCCAUCGGUGGAGGAGCGAGAGCUUAGCAAUGCCUACAUCACCGGCCUCACCGCCCUCAGUCGUGAAGGGGAUGUGAUGGUGGAAGCCAGUGCCAACGCUAUCCUGGUGGACGUCAAGGUGAAGGUUGGGCCCCUCAUGGUCCAGCUGGCAGACUCAGCACGUGCUCUCACCAAGUCCCAGGUGUCCACCACUCUGGAGGCCGACAUGCAGUUCAGGAUCAAGAACAAGGGACGUGGCCGGCAGCUCAUCAGGCUCGUGGACCUAAGCAUGGGUGACCCCGAGGAGGUGAACGUGGCGCGCUUCGACCUGCCCCUGGAACCCGAAGUCGUGUCCGCCGCACAGGACGAAGUGCGCAACGCCCUGGACGUGUCCCGCAUCGGCCGCAUCUUCAGGAGGCAGCUGGAGGCCAUCUUUAAGGAGGACAAUGUGGUGCAGAACCUUGAACAUCACGAACUCCUCAAGAAGGAGUGAGCCGCGCCGCCCCAGCCCACAGCCCAGUGUCGUGACGCCGCCAGUCAGCAGCGGGAGGGGGGAGGGGGGAGGGGGGCGGAGUGUCUGCGAAGGCUCUCUGCCCAAGGUAAAAAUGAUCCUUGUGGCCGAGUGUUGGCGGGAAUACUUACGAGCGGCGUGCGGGGCUGGCGUGCUGCUGGCUGGCCGGGGUGGUUGUCCAGGUGCCGCGCGGGUCCUGUACAGGUAACCACUAACGAAGACGACCCCCGCCACCUGAAGCUGCCUCCCCCACACACCCACGGCCCUCACGCCCAACCCUCACGUGGUGUCUCAGGGAUCCCUGCGUUCCCCUCACACACACACACGCACACGCACACGCACCCUAACGCACGCACACUCAUAAAUGGUCACAUACACACCCAAGGCCUUGAGAUUUUUUGGCCUCCCGCACACACACACACGCACACGCACGCAUACACCCACGGGCACACCCACACACCCACACGCACGCACGCACGCACGCACGCACACGGCCACUGGUGUUGAGUGUCGCUCCUCUAGACACGUUUAGGUUGUAGUUAGCAGUAGAGCAUCACCGAGGAUCAAAAUUUUGUAUCACCCUGUCAUUGAAACGCCAAAGGCAAGAUGCAUCAUGCCCUGUCCGUGUACAUACCUUACAACCCAAACCAUUAUCAUGCUAACCUUUACUACACUAUUUAUUUGUUAUUUAUUAUUCCUUUAUUUAUUCAUGUAUGUUUUCUUUAAUUCUCCAUGCUUUCCCUAUCCGGGCAAUUAAUCAGUAAUAAAAUAAAAUGAUAAAAUGAUGAAUAAAAAUAAGUUAAGAAU